AUGGUUGAUAUUUUGAAGACUUUGUGUCUGAGGUUUAGGGGUUUGCAAUUGGGUUGUUUCACAUUACGGUAUUCGGUGCCCAGUUAUCCGAGUUGUUUUCUAGAAACGGAUAGCGAUUUGGACUUGAUGAGGACAUUUUUGUUGAUAUCAAAUGAGAAGACUGUUGAUAUUUUAGUGAAGGAUUUAUGCGGGAGCAGUGAAUAUAGUGGUGAUUUUUGUGUAAAUAAGGAGUUGAUAGCAUGUGAAAAGGGCGAGUCGUCGUGUUCUAGUACUGUCGAAGACAGAAACGAGUUUUUGGGCAGGUCGAAGAGAGCAAGUGCUAAGCCUUUGUUGUCGAAUGAGUGGGAGACAUACAUACAUCAUGUGGGGCAGAAGUUUGACGGUGGUGCAGAGGAGUUCCGGUUGAAAUUGUGCAAGUACGCUCUUGAAGUAGGAUUUAAUUUUUUAUAUGCCGGCAAUGACAAGAAGCGGGUGGUUGCUGUUUGUUCGAAUAAGAAAUUGGAGGGUUGCAGCUGGCGUGUUUAUGCUUCUCGUUGUGAAGCUACUGGCAGUUUUGUAAUUCGGACGUUAAAUAAUGUUCAUACAUGUGCGGGUCGGAUACGGGAAUCAAAGAGUAAGAUGAUGAGGUCUCGUGUGGUGUCCUCCCUCAUUGUGGACAGAAUUCGUGCAAAACCAGAGCUGAAGCCAGUUGAGAUUAUACACGAGUUCAAAGAUUAUUAUGGUAUAGACAUUUCAUACUACCACGCAUGGUUUGGCAAAGAGUUAGCUAAAUUGGACGUUCACGGUGAUGAGUCGAAGUCUUUCAACGAGUUAGUGUGGUAUGCGGACGCCCUAAAGGAAACUAACACUGGUUCUCUCUGCACUCUUGAUUGUGAAGCUGGAAUUAAUCACUUUCGACGGUUUUUUGUGUAUUUUGGCGGUUGCAUUGCUGGAUUUCAAUAUUGCAUACCCUUGUUGUUCAUUGAUGCUACGUUUUUGAAGAGCAAGUACAAGGGGCAGCUUCUCUGUGCUUCGGGAAAGAAUGGAAAUCAAGGGUUUUAUCCUCUAGCUUUUGGAGUUGUUGAUUCUGAGACAGAGGAGAAUUGGACUUGGUUUCUUCAACAUUUGGCUUCUAUAUUGCUACCGAUGGGGAGAGUGGUGACCUUUUUCUCGGACCGCAAUCAAGAAUUUGAUAUCAAAGUACCCGAAGUCAGGUUAUGGGAAACUGCUCCAAGACCGUGUUAUCAAUUUAUUUAGUAGAUGCGCAUAUGCUGUUACGGAGGAAGAGUUUAAGGUAGCAAUGGAGGAGUUGGUGAUUGUUGGGAGUUCGAAAGUGAAGACAUUUAUAUCUGAUUUGUCUAGAGAUCACUAUGCCAACGCAUUUUUCAAAGGAAUGCGUUAUGGGGAGAUGGCAAACAGUUUAGCGGAGUCCUUUAAUAAUUGGGUUGGUGUGUUUCGAGAUUUGCCGGUGCUACCUUUGAUAGAAGGGAUUCGACAGAAAUUGAUGGUAUUGAAUUCUCAACGACGAAUUGAAGCGGAGAAGUGGACAACAGUUUUGUGUCCGGAGAUGGAG